AUGGCUAAGUGCCAGACCUGUCUCCGAACCUUUUCAUCAUACGCCGAUGUCAACCGACACCGACAGCAGUCGCCGAAGUGUCUUCAAGCAUACAAAAAAGUCUUCGGCGCGACAUUGAAAGCCCACCAACUCAAACGGGCAAAUGGAACCACGAGCCAAACCAGUGGGGCUGCUGUACAAGAAGAAUUACUCUCAGAAGUCCACGCAAAUCCAGAAGAUUUUGACGUACAGAUGGAAAGUGACCCUGAUGCUGAAGAAACUGAAGCUGCCGAUCCAAUAGAUAUCGAUGCUGUUGCACCUGCAGCCCGAAUGGUUGAAGUUGAAGAUGAGGAUGCUCCAGGUCGCAAACGGAAGUAUUGGAAACAGCCUUACCCGACACACAGGCAAGCUGGGGCCAAGGUUGGAAAGGGCCGUACAAAGUUUGAGCGCAUCCAUGAUGAGCAGGUAUUGACAGACGCAAAGAUCUGGGGGCCAUUCCAGGAUGAGGAGGAAUGGGAGCUUGCAAAGUGGCUUAUUAAAAAUGUCGGGCAUGGCCAGGCUGAUAGCCUUCUAAAACUUCCUAUCAUAUCAGGGCGGGCACAACCGUCCUUCACCAAUAAAGAUCAGUUAUUGAACCGGAUUGACAGCUUGCCGAAGGGACCUACAUGGAAGUGUAUGGACAUUAAGGUUGAUGGAAACGAGCCUGAUCUUGCUAAAGACCCGACCGGAAAGGUGAUGAGAAGCGAAGCUCUAGAACUUUGGUUCCGAGACCCAGUGGAAAUUGUCGAAGAGCUUAUAGGCAACCCCCAAUUUCGCGAAGUCAUGAAAUACGCUCCGGAGCGCGUGUACGCAGAUAUGGAGGGAAAAACACAAGUCAUCAAUGAAAUGUGGACCGGGAGUUGGUGGUGGGAGAUACAGAGUCGUCUUCCAAAUGGAAUUACAAUCGUACCACUGAUUGUAUCCUCGGACAAGACCCACCUCUCCAAUUUUCGUGGCGAUGCUUCUGCAUGGCCAAUCUAUCUCACCAUCGGAAACAUCGGGAAGGAGACUAGGCGGCAGGGAUCAUCGCAUGCCACUGUUCUCCUUGGUUACUUGCCCAUCCCCAAGUUCGACUGCUUCACAAAAGAGGUGCGCUCACUCGCGAAAUACCGCCUGUUCCAUACAUGCAUGGAUGUCGUAAUGGAGCCGCUCAUCGCUGUUGGCAAUCACGGAAAGGAGAUGGUGUGUAGUGAUGGGUGCAUACGCAUGGUGCGGCCCAUCUUUGCAGCGUAUGUAGCAGAUUACCCCGAACAGUGUUUGGUGGCCUGCUGCAAGGAAAACCGUUGUCCAAUGUGCCCUGUUGAUCCUAAGGCGAGAGGGGACCAUGUUUGUGAGCCAAAAAGAGAUGUGAAGGAGACGCUGUUUUACCUUUCAAGAAAGGAUGCAGGAAACAAGGACACCGUUUUCGAAGCCCAUGGUAUGCGAGAUGUCCCCCUGCCAUUUUGGAGAAACCUACCCCACGCCGACAUCUUUUCAUCGUUCACUCCUGAUUUGCUGCAUCAGGUGCAUAAAGGCGUCUUUAAAGAUCACCUUGUCAAGUGGUGCACGGAAAUCAUAGGGAAGGAGGAAGUUGACGCACGGUUUCGUUCAGUACCACACCACCCAGGGCUUCGGCACUUUGAGAAUGGAAUCUCGCAUGUUUCGCAGUGGACAGGGACUGAGCACAAGGAGAUGGAAAAGGUGUUUCUAGGCUUGGUGGCGAGUAACCCCGAUCCACGCCUUGUUGUUGCAGUUCGGGCGCUGAUGGACUUUGUUUACCUGGCAUCCCUUCAAUCCCACACCUCUCACACUCUCCUCGCCCUUCGUCAGGCACUUGAUACCUUCCAUCUCAACAAACAAGUUUUCAUCGAGCUCGGUGGACGCGAUUCCACUCACUUCAACAUCCCCAAACUUCACUCCCUUGAUCAUUACGAGGAACUCAUACGUCUCUUCGGCAGUGCGGAUGGCUUCAAUACCGAAUCACCAGAGCGUCUCCACAUCGACUUUGCCAAAAAUGCGUACCGUGCUAGCAAUCGGAAGAACUACAUCGAGCAAAUGGCAGAGUGGCUUUCACGCCAGGAGGCUGUGGAAUACUUUGCCGCAUUUAUUGAAUGGACGAAGGAGGUAUCCCAACCCAAGAAGCCGGAUGACACAGUGGAACUAACAGCUGAUGACCUCGUCAUCUCUACCAGACACGCUAUCGCCAAACAGCCUCCCCCCGCCUCUCGCCACGUCCUUGCAAGUGACAUCAUUUCUGCUGAUGGCCAUGGGGCCUCUCGGUUCUUGCCUGCGCUCACGACAUUUCUUUCUCAGCAAGGUUCAACACUUCAACCUCGCGACUUCGACGUUUUCGGACUGUGGAAACAACUCGUCUACAAGCUUCCUCACAUCCCUGAAGUUGGUGAACGGCACUCCAAGAAUCCUGUCCGUGCUUCUGCGGCCCGGGCUGUACUACCUCCUACGUCUGGAGAUACACGACGCAUGGCAGCCCAGCCUGCCUUCCUCGACUUUGCCUUCAUCAAGACUGCUGAAGUGAACUCAUUCACCGAUGGAACUUCUCUUCAUGGUCUCCGGGUUGCUCAAGUGCGGGCCAUCUUUCAACUUCCUCGACACUACGGUAUCAAAUCGGAGCACCCACUAGCGUACAUUGAGUGGUUCACCCCUUUGCGGAAACCCGAUGACAUUACGGGAUACUAUCACGUCUCAAGAUCAAGUCGUCGAAAGGGUGGCAUCGACGGACCUUAUGCUGAGAUCAUCACACUUUUGGGCGUACCAAUGGGCAAAAGCAGGGCACGCCUCUUGCGUGCUCACUUCCGGAGUUUGGGCAAAGAAUCGACGAUCCUAUUCAACAUUAGCAGAGGGGAUAUGAAAGAAAUGGAGGAGCAUACCUGGCUUUCCUGCCAAAGCGCCCUAUCGAGCGUUGAUUGCACCCACUCAGGCUCCACUUGUUCCGAGUCGGCCAUGCAGUCGGAUAUUGAACCACUGUUUGGGGUUGGGGGUGGUGAGACCGACGAUCGAGCAGAAAGGAACAACGUUGAUAGCUUACCUCGCGCUCAUGAGAGAUGGAACUCUCAACUUCCUCGUCCGAACACUGUGACUCAUGUCCUGAAAUUGAAGAGAGCGUGGUACUACGGCGUGUUACAGAGAGAGCGUGGUACUACAGGAUGCUCUGUGUCGCCCACGGCACUCUCCGCGUCCCGUGAGAAGUCAGGUAUCUCCUGGGCCAAAACGCUUUUGCAGAUGUUAGCAGAGGUCGAGAACCCAUCCCUCUCGUCGGCAGACGCCCCUGCCUCCAGUCAAAAAGGACUGGGGGACACCUCACACGCUUCCGCUUUGGCGCCUGAGCUUCAUGCGCCGGAAACAAGCACAUCUUCCGAACCUGCAGCGGAGGCCGAGAAAUCGUUGGUGGUUGCAGAAGUACCAAGUAUCUCACACGUUGACCAGGAAGUUCCGGAGACCCAGGAGGGUGUUCCAACACCGCAAGAGAACGUUACGGAUGUCACUGCGGUCCUUUCAGCCCAAGGAAAACUUUUGGUGGACGAGAAAGAGGCUUCCCCAGAGGAUACUGUUCGUUCUCCUGGACUUGGAGAGUCUGGGGAUCGAUCCGAGACUCCGGCGAUAUCUGUCUCACCCUCACCCGCACUAGAUUCUGAACAGGCUAUUCCUCAUGGGCGAGCCACCCCGACAUCGACAUCUACAUCUAUCCCCAGCGCGCCGUCGACGCCCGUCAAACGUUCUUUAAACCCCUUCCCAACCUCGUCGCCGUCUAGUUCAGUGAACAGCUCGCCUUCUUCAUCAAGAUUCGGCACACCCAACUCUGCGCGAAAGAAAAGGACCUCAAUAUUCGGCAAGUUGAAACAUAUAUUCCAUCACGACAAGGACAAGGAAAAAGGGAAACAAUGA